AUGAAGUUCUCCACCAUCACAGCCUUCUUCCUGCCCGCCGUGGCCAUGGCAUCGCCCGUUAGCCCCGGGAGCACCGUCGUCAAGCGCCAGACCGCUGUGACGGACGAGCUCCUCUUUAGCAUCAGCCUGCCAGCCUUCAUCACCCGUCGCAACGCGCGCGAUCCCCCGAGCCUGGACUGGUCCUCGGACAGCUGCUCGUCGUCACCAGACAACCCGUUUGGCUUUCCCUUUGACCCUGCCUGCCAGCGCCACGACUUUGGCUACAGGAACUACAAGGCCCAAAGCCGCUUCACCGACGCCAACAAGCUGAGAAUCGACGAUAACUUCAAGUCGGAUUUGUACGGACAAUGCGCCGGCGAGGGCGCCCAGGGCGCCUGCGAGGCUUUGGCCAAUGUCUACUACCAGGCGGUCCGCUGGUUCGGCCGCGAGGCACCCGCUACGGCGGACACGGCGGCCAAGGUGGACGCGGAGGAGAUGCCUGUCGAGUACAAGGAGGCUGUUGCUGCGUACGAGGCUGAGGUCAAGAAGGCCCAGGAUGAGGGCAAGCUUCCUCAGCUGUGA